GAAGUAAUUAAUACCCAAUCACAGUUGCUAGUGACUAGUUUAUUGUCGUCGUCUACCUGUCGCAGAAGCGACCGAUUGUCUUUGAUUGAUAGAAUUUUUAAAGCACACGCCGCAAUAAUAUCCAGUUGAUCCUCCCCUGAGCUGUGAGUGACACCCCUCUGACCAUGUUCCGUCGGCAGGAUGGAAAUUCCGCCUCCACAAAAACGUCACGCCAGUACGGUUCGGGGAACAAUUUCCCACCGGAAAUGGGUUACGAUACGACAGCGAUUCCGGAGUUUGAUAAAAGGCCAGCUUUAAUACACAUUCUGCUGCUGAACAAAACGAUACGCCUGUUUGUGGUGCUUGCCUUGGCCAGCGUCGUAAUACCAGCGUUUGCGUAUCUGUUUUUCUUCUCGAAGGAAAUCGGCCACGGUGGCAAGCGCGACAUCAUCGGUACCUGUGGCCAUCCGACGCUGUAUCACAUCCCCUGCGGGUAUCCGAGCAACUUGACGCAGGACGAGUGCCACCUGCUGGGCUGUUGUUACACCAGUAUGGCCACCUGCUAUCACUCACUUCCGUCGGAGCAUCAGUACAUCAUCGGAAGUGAGUGGAGUGUGGGAGAACCGGCCAUUCUGUCCCCUUACAGGCCGGUUACUCCGUACGAUAAGGCGGCUUUGCGUGAGGUACGCUUCGAUGUCAGCGUUACGGAGGAAACGGGAGGCCGGUUUCGGUUUAUGCUUUCAAAGAUAAACGCAAGCCAAGAUGCUCCAAUGUCAUCGAAAGCCUCCUUCGGACUAGAAACGACCGAUCUGCAGGUACAGGUGUACAGUCCUACAUUCUUUAUAGAGGUGAAGCGAAAGAUCGACCAAGAAGUGAUCUUUUCCACGGCCCGUGGACCACUGGUCGUGACGGAGGACUUUCUCGAGUGGACACUGCACCUCGGUGCGGAUAUACUGUUUGGGUUGGGUCGGGCUUAUCUCGAACCUGGGUCAAAGUAUCUACUACUAAACACGCAGAACUCAUCCACCGUGCCGAUCGUGAUGGGUUACAAUGCAAAGCUGAAACUCUUCAAUGGGUUGAUGUUUAACGCGCCCGGCCUCACCGAGGUGGAAAUCGUAGGCUCCCGGCUCAUCAUCGUACGUGCGCAGUUGGGCGAUAGCUUCGAUUUGCAGUUUUUGCCCGGAGCAACGCCUUCCCUACUCUAUGGGCAAGCGAAGGCUAUCCUUCAGAACCAAUACAUCCCACCGUACUGGGCGUACGGGGUGCACGUUUGCGAUCAGUCGGUGAAGCGCAAUCUUACGAUCGUGCGACGGAAUUUGGAACUGCUGCUCAACGACACGAUCAUGUUCGAUUCUCACUGUCUACAUAACGACAUGUUCUGGCUGUCCGAUACGAUGGUUCUUGAUAAGGAUACGGAGUCAAUGUUGCAGCUUCUGCGAGAUGCCGGCAAGAAGUUCGUCCCGUCUCUGGUUCUCACCGUAGCUUACGGAGGCAAUCCCACCUUCAUUGAUGCCCGGGAGAAAGCCAUACUGCUGCGACACCCGGGGAAUCAGCUCGCCUACCAGGGUCGCGUGAGGAACAGGACCGCCGUGUACGUGGACUGGCGAACAAGCCGUUCCGCGAAUCUUACCGACUGGUUGGACGCACAGUGGCAACGUGUGCUCAACCUGCAAGCGGAUGGGUAUGUUCUGGAGGAAGCCAACCCCCGUGACGAGCGCAACAGCACUCUGCCACGUGCAAAGCAACUGAUCUACCAACCCGAUCAACUGAACGACACGCUGGUAGAUCUUUUACCGUGGGACACGCUACUGUCGGACGACUCCCAGCUCGUCCUUUCCCAGCACAACAUGAUCGGUGUCCGUGCGCUCGAUGCGAUCCAGCGUAAGAUGGACCCAUCAAACAUGCUUCUUGUAACCUCCGCCUAUGACAUACACACCCGUGCAGCGAAUCUUCCCGCCAACAUCUCCACCAGCUGGAUUUCGUUGCGCCGUGAGGUGGACCGCUGCAUAGGCCUAUCGAUCGUCGGCAUCAGCUUUACCGGCACCCCGAUCUGUGGCAAUGCACCGCUGACCAACGGUUCCAGCGUGUCCGAAGAGCUCUGCAUCCGGUGGUACCAGUUCGGCUCACUGUUGCCUCUGCUGCGCGUUACGGCCGAUCGUACACCGAACCAGUUCACCCGGUUCGGACAGCGCAUAAUGCAUGCGGCACUGAGGAGACGGUUCUCGUUGCUCGAGUACCUGAACACGCUGUUAUUAUUGGAGGACGCCCCUUACCUGCGGCCAAUGUUCUACCACUACGAGGAGGCAGCCAACUACACGAUGGACCUGUGGGAGCAGUUUAUGCUCGGUGAGGCGCUGCUGGUCGCGCCGGUACUGCUUCCCCAGAUGACCCAGAUCGCCAUCUACUUUCCGGAAACGUUCUACGAGCUUUGGGCGGGCCAGCAGAUGCCGGGGAACGAUGUGCUCCAGUACGCGGUGGUGGAGUCCGAUUUGCCGAUGUUCCUGCGCACCGGGCAUCUCGUCCCGAUGCGGCACGUUGUGGAGGAGUUGGUGGACCUGGAGAACGGAACGGCGGUGCCACUGACGGCGGAACUGUCCCGCCUGAAGCCCCUGUAUCUGGUCGGUGCGUUCGAGUGCAAUGUCCGCCGGUGGAGGUGUACGAUGGCGGGCCGGGUACUGUUCCUGCCCGGCUUUCGGCUAGACUUUGGCGUCGAUCUGGAUGAGCGUGUUACGAUCAGUGUUAAGGCGGCGGUAACUAGCCCGGAGGCGCAGCAGCUCGCUUGCUCCGUUGGUGCCACGCUGAACGUUACCAUUGGCAACGUGCAGCUGUAUGGGCAUCCCAACACGACGCAACCGUUGCUGUUUGACCUUGGCUAUGACUUUUGCGUCCAGCCAGACAAGCGGGUGGAGUACGUGAACGAACACCGCAAGGGACCGGUGGAGGAUCCGUACGGCGGGGACGACUUUUAACGAGAGACACCCGUCCUGCCGGUUUAGCGCGAGGCGAAGGAUUAGUGUGGGAGGGCGUAAAAUUCCUCUGCCGCUUUCUUCCUCCCCAACAGUGCGGUGAUUGUUCUUCAAGAUUCCUGUACUUGAACGCCGUGCAUCCGUGUCCUGUCAUCCACACACACACACACACACAGUCGCGUGC